AUGCUUAAUGGUGAUCGCAUUAAUGCGACUCUUUACUAUUUGCUCAGCAAUACUCCAGACAUUCUUUCAAUUUCAUUCCAAUCGACCUCUGCUUUCUUUCCUGAUGCCAACUUCAACAAAAAGCCAGUGGCUGCUCGACAGCCCACAUCCAUCCAGCGUCCUUUUCCAAGUGUAAGUCAUCAGAAACAAGCGGAUAAGCCAGUUGUAAAUAUCACUAAGAACUCUGAAAAAGAAAACAACUCCAAUGGUUUCGUAGUUGAGAAAAGAGAGAAAGAGACUGACGAUGGUGCCAAUUUUGACUCCAUUACGGCUGCCGACACUAGGAUAAAUCUAGCAUCGCAACAUGUAACUUUUAACGACAUCGUUUAUCUCCAUCCUCAUCAAUUACUUUCAGCCUUUCGGGAGGAGGUAAAACCACGACAGCGUCGGUUUGCUCUUCCUGAUCGAAAAAUAUCAAUGAACCGCACGAUGAGCGCUCUUCAACGCCAAGCGUUACAGAAGCUCUUGCAGUCUGGAAAAUGUUUUCGGGGCAGCGAUACUCUGUACGUUGUAGUCUAA